CUAGGGCAGGUCCCUUUAAUCUCACUGGCAGCCUUGAUUCCGACGCGUUUCCUGCGCUUUUCGAGUUGGGAGGGUUGGUUUCUUUGCGGCGUCUCUCUCUCUCUCUCUCUCUCUGUGUACAUCCAAUUCCUUCCUUCAAUGGAGGUUCUUGGACUGUCGUGUCCCUCUCCCCUCCGACAAGCCUAGGAACUGGGGAAGGGUGAAACAGCAGAGGAGACCCAGUUUUAUCGAUGGGAUAACGAGGCAAGAGGAUUUCAUUCAGGGGCAAUGUUCCUGGAUUGGACAAGGAAGUGAAAUUAACUGGCGUGUCUGUUUCACUUGGAGUGAUGCAGAGAACGCAACAUAUUUAUCCAAAUGACCCCCCUGUCGUCUGAAUUUCAUUCAUCUUCUCGUUGUGUGGGUGGCUUUUCUCUACGUGGAAAAAUGUAUUGAAUUAGGACUGGAAAAAAUUGGAAGCUGUUUUCUACAGAGAGAGAGAGAGGGGGGGAUACACAGGGUGAGGUUUGAGCAAACCCUCAUUCUCCCCGUCUUGUGUAUUUCGCUCGGAUGAAUAUUGAUGUGUAGUUCUUUUUUUGGGAAGGGUUCAUCUCCCGCUGAACGAGAAAAGGAUGUCUUCCAGGCUCACGUUACCCUCCCCAAACGAGCGGAGUCUCGAUCAUCAUUCCUCGCACAUGGAGAGCCGCUCGGAGCGGGGCUCCACCUGGUCCAGCCGCUCCCUGGGAGCACGUUGCCGCAAUUCCAUCGCCUCCUGCACCGACGAGCAGCCCCACAUCGGGAACUACCGCCUGUUGAAGACCAUCGGCAAAGGCAACUUCGCCAAGGUCAAACUGGCCCGGCACAUCCUGACUGGGAGAGAGGUGGCAAUAAAGAUCAUUGACAAGACCCAACUAAACCCGACAAGCCUGCAGAAGCUUUUCAGGGAAGUGCGGAUUAUGAAGUGUUUGAACCACCCGAAUAUUGUGAAGUUAUUUGAGGUGAUUGAGUCCGAGAAAACUCUCUACCUGGUGAUGGAAUAUGCAAGUGGAGGUGAAGUGUUCGACUACCUUGUGUCUCACGGGAGGAUGAAGGAGAAAGAGGCCAGAGCCAAAUUCCGGCAGAUCGUGUCCGCCGUGCAGUACUGCCACCAGAGGAACAUCGUGCAUCGGGACCUCAAGGCCGAGAACCUCCUCCUCGAUGCUGACUGCAACAUCAAGAUCGCGGACUUUGGCUUCAGCAAUGAGUUCCAGUUCGGCAACAAGUUGGACACGUUCUGCGGGAGCCCCCCCUACGCUGCCCCUGAGCUCUUCCAGGGCAAGAAGUAUGACGGUCCCGAGGUGGACAUCUGGAGCCUGGGGGUCAUCCUCUACACACUGGUCAGCGGCUCACUGCCGUUCGACGGUCAGAAUCUAAAGGAGCUGAGGGAGCGGGUACUCAGAGGGAAGUACCGUCCCUUCUACAUGUCCACCGACUGUGAGAACAUCCUCAAACGCUUCCUUGUGCUCAACCCGGCCAAGAGAGGCACCCUGGAGCAAAUCAUGAAGGACAAGUGGAUAAACGUCGGCUGCGAUGGAGACGAGCUCCGACCUUACAUGGAACCCGAACAGGACCUGGGAGACAACAAACGCAUAGAAGUGAUGGUUGGAAUGGGUUACACACGAGAGGAGAUUAAAGAGGCCCUGACCAAGCACAAGUAUAAUGAAGUGACAGCCACCUACCUCCUCCUGGGCAGGAAUAAGAGUGAGUUGGACGCUGGCGACUCCCACACCGGCAGUAACCUCUCGUUGGCCAAGAUCCGACCGAGCAACGAGCUGAACACCAGUACCACAAGUCAGAGCUCGACGCACAGCAGGAGCCAACGUAGCUCGUCCACCUACCACAGACAACGUCGGCACAGCGACUUCAGUGGGCCUGCGGCGCUGACCUCUCACCCCAAGCGCAGCCAAACCAGCACGGCCGACCACGACCUGAAGGAAGAACGCAUCCCAUCCCGCAAGGUGGACAGCCCCGCAGUCACCGGCAGCUCCAGGAGUGGCGUCCCUCCCUCCAGCCCCAUGGUCAGCAGCGCCAACAACCCCAACAAGUCAGAGAUCCCCGACCGAAGGAAAAGUAGCACCCAGGGGGAAACCCCCAAUAAUAUCCCAGCCAGCGCCAUGAGCAGGAGGAACACCUACGUUUGCACUGACCGCACACCCAACGACAGACAAUCACUUCUACAGAACGGGAAGGAGAACAGCUCAGCCAUGAACCGUGCCACGCCGGCCUCGCCCUCCACCCACAGCAUCGCCGCCUCUACCGACCGCACCCGCUUCCCGCGGGGCACCUCCAGCCGCAGCACCUUCCACGGGGGUCAGCUCCGCGAGCGGCGAGCAGGGGCGCAGAACGGCUCGCCCACCUCGCCCACCCUCUCGCCCGACGCCACGCCGCUGCCCACCCGCAGCCGGGCCUCCUCCAACCUCUUCUCCAAGCUCACCUCCAAGCUUACCAGAAGGGUCACUAUUGACCCAUCAAAACGGCAGAGUGCCAACAAACCUGUACCAGGGAACUCCCUCCCGCAGGGAUCCAAGACCGUUAGGUCGCAGACGAACCUGAGAGAAACUGGAGACCUGAGGUCACAAGUUGCAAUGUAUCUUGGGAUAAAAAAGAAGCAAAGCCCAGGUCGAUCAGACUUACAUGGAAUAUAAAAAUCACCAGCUCGCGGGACCCUAGCGAGAUGAUUGGUCUGAUCUGCAAGGUUCUGGAAGCGAAUGGCUGCCAGUUCCAUCAGCAGGAGCCCUUCCUCUUGUCCUGUGCCCAUGGCCGUGAGAACACAGAGCACUUGUCCAGU